AACAGGCUUUAACACGUACUGUCUCCUCCUUUUCGUCAGUUUCUUAUAUUACUUUCACCAGCAGACCGUCCUCUUACAAUCAGUUUUAUGCUGACUCCUAUGAACGAAGGUGUCUACCUACCAACGGAACAAUGAAUCAUUUAAUUAUCGCAAUCGUUCUGAUUAGCCCCUGCCUGGGGGACGUGUCGCAUCUUUUGUCAGAAUAUUCGACCACCACAACUCCGCCACCACCACCCAGGCCUUAUAGUUUCCAGUAUCAUGCCGGACGGUAUCCUGGAAAGGUAGAUCGAGUUCAUCAAGAAAGCGGAGAUGGUACUGGACACGUUCAAGGAUCUUACUCAUUCGUUGAUCCCAAACACAAACUGCGGACAGUACAGUACACUGCCGACGAAACUGGAUUCCAUGCCUCCUUAAUAAAUUACGAGGACACGGUUGCGCAACCUGUCGAUUCAGAAGCUGUACGGCUCGCCAAGGAGAAACAUUUUCGGCUUUAUCAGAAGAUCGCUGAAGCAAAUGCUCAUGGUGUUCCAGCGAGCCUCCCGCGAGAUUCCGUAAGUGUAGUGCGAGCGAAGGAUAGGCAUAAUCAGCUUUAUCAAAAAAUUGCAGAAGAACAUGCCGCGAUCGCCGCUCAAAGAGAAGCGGAACGAUUAGCUUAUGAAGCUACUUCUGUUGUGAACGACGUAAAUCCGGAUCAUACAUAUUAAUGCAAAGAAACAUUACAAGCAUUCAACCCAGUAGUAAGAUGAGCACUACAAAAUUGCGUAUUAUAACUCUCUUAACGUGCCGUAUGUUGUGUAGAUUUUCAAGUUGAUUGUAUCACUUUACAAAUUUAAUAAAA